UGCGUUCAAAGUUCGUAAUAAUAUGGCGCCGAAAAAGAAGGUACUUUCUAUUAAAGAAAAAAUGGAAAUUAUUAAUGUUUUCGAAAAAGAUAAAUUAUCAGUACGUGGAAUUGCAAAAAGGUUCAAUAUUGGCAAAACACAAGCUGCUGAAAUCAAUAAAAAUAAAGAAAAAAUUCGUUCUAAAUGGGAGUCUGGAGUUAAUGUUCAUCAAAAGCGAAGCUUUCUUAAAGAAGGCGGCUCUGAAAUAGACAAGAUGUGUUUUAAUUGGAUCGCUAAGGCUAGAAGUCAAAACAUUCCGAUUUUUGUUCCCAUUUCGAAAGCAAAGGCAAUGGAAAUUGCAGGCAAACUGGGUGUACCUAAUUUUAAUGCCUAAGAUGG